CCCGUCUGAUAUGGUGUUUCCAAGGCUGGAAGUUGAAUCGUUGCCCACCAGCAUCAACGUUUGAUUUUGAACUUAUUAGCUGCAUCUGAUUUAUAGCUAACAGUAUCACCCUAACUGACAUUAUGUUACUGGACGCUGGUCACCAGUUCCCCGGACUGGGAGUGGGGUCCUUCGCCAGGCAUCACUCAGCGAGCGAGAUGCAGGACAGAGACUUGAGUUUGGCACAAAACAGCUUUGUGGACUCCGCACACAUGGGUGCGUUUAAGCUCAACCAUGAUCUCUCCCCGGGACAGAGCUCUGCCUUCACCACACAGGCGCCGGGCUACCCUGCUGCGGCUCUUGGGGCUCACGCCGCCCAUGUCACGUCGUACGCGAGCUCUCCUUUUAACUCCACCAGGGACUUUCUCUUUCGCAGUCGUGGCUUCGGAGAAUCCUCUCCGGCGAGCGGCCAACAUACUAUUUUUGGCCCCACGGCGGGAUCCCUUCAUCACUCCCACACAGACACGCAAGGCCACAUUUUGUUCCCGGGGAUCCACGAGCAGCACGGCUCCCACGGUUCCCCCAAUGUCCUGAACGGCCAAAUGAGGCUCGGACUACCGGGAGAAGUUUUCGGACGCUCCGACCAGUACCACCAGGUCUCCAGUCCGAGGACCGACCCCUACUCGGCGGCGCAGCUGCACAAUCAAUACGGCUCCAUGAAUAUGAACAUGGGUAUGAACAUGGCAGCCCAUCACCACCCCGGUGCCUUUUUCCGCUACAUGAGGCAACAGUGCAUCAAGCAGGAGCUCAUCUGCAAGUGGAUCGACCCCGAGCAGCUCAGCAACCCCAAAAAGAGCUGCAACAAAACUUUUAGCACCAUGCACGAGUUGGUCACGCACGUCUCCGUGGAGCACGUCGGCGGACCGGAGCAGACCAACCACGUCUGCUUCUGGGAGGACUGCGCCCGGGAGAGCAAACCGUUCAAGGCGAAAUACAAACUGGUGAACCACAUUCGGGUGCACACCGGAGAGAAGCCUUUCCCGUGCCCGUUCCCCGGCUGCGGGAAGGUGUUCGCACGGUCAGAGAACUUGAAGAUCCACAAAAGAACACACACAGGAGAGAAGCCGUUCCAGUGUGAGUUUGAAGGCUGCGACAGAAGGUUUGCAAACAGCAGCGACCGAAAGAAACACAUGCACGUGCACACGUCGGACAAGCCUUAUCUGUGCAAAAUGUGCGACAAGUCCUACACACACCCCAGCUCCCUACGGAAACACAUGAAGGUCCAUGAAGCGUCCCCACCAGCAUCAGACUCCUCACCAGCAGCCAGCUCCGGGUAUGAGUCCUCCACACCCCCGGGCCUGGUGUCUCCCACCACCGAGACCCAAAGCAACACCACCAUGUCCCCCGCCUCAGCUGUGCACAACACCACCAGCCACAGUGGCCUAUCCUCCAAUUUCAGUGAAUGGUAUGUGUAGGACUGAGCUGAAACGAAGCCACACACACUCUCAUUUCACAGCACUGGGACCAUCCAGCAGGAGAUGUUUAUUUGGGGGACAGGAGGCACACAAACAUUUUUUGUUUUUUGGUUGAUUUUUGACUCACCAGGGAGGAAGGCGAUUACCAACAGAGGAGAAUAUGUAUAAUAGCGAGGAGUGUUUCAUAUUGUAAAUAAUUCCUAAAAAGCCCACAUUCCCAUUGGUUGUGAUAGUUUGUCAGUCUUUGGUGUAUAGAUGUUCCUUCAAUGGUAGCUAUUUCUCUAACUGGACUCUUAGGGCACAUAUUACGCUGAAAUUGUACUAUAAUGUUGAAUAUUGUGAUCCUAAGGCAAACUGAUUGUACUAUACUAAACAUCUAUAAACUGGAAAGAGUGCCAAAGUUAACAUUUAACUCCAACACACCACAAUAUUAUGCUUGUGAAUGUAUAUUUUUUAGUUUGCCGGGCUUAACUUGUGAUGUUUUUGUGCUUUGCAAGUUUGAAUUGUGAAAUACUAUCUGGAAGAUUGUGAGGAAAAUAAACAUUGUGCCGUUGGAUUUUUUUUUUUUUUUUUCUGUAACUACACCCUUCUUUCUUUUUUUUUUGUAAAUAUCAACUGCCAUAUUUAUCCAUUUGUAAUUAAAUUAUGGUAUUUACUUGCUACAGAUGAAACAGUAUUUAUAAAGAAUGUUUCUUUACUAUAAAUAUGUACAAUGACGAGCUAAACAUGGGCAGUUGUUUCGUUCUGUGCUUUUGUUCAAAGUUUUAAGAGGUGUUUUCUUCUUUAUUGUGAUAAGAAUUUUACUGCAUACAAAUAUAAUAAAAGGUGUUGCAAGUGCUAA